GGUGCAUAGCUUCCCAAGGGGAGUACUUGGAAGGUGACUGUAGUGAUAUUUAGCAAUGAGGUAUGUAGCACUUUUUCUAGGAUGAGUUCACGACUUAAUUGUCAGACCUCAUAGAUGGGAAAAUGAGAUCCUUUGUGAGAAGUAGAAAAUUAACCACAAAAAUAAACGUAGUAAGACGUAAUAUUACAUUCUCUCGAUAUUUUUUCCUGCCAAGGCUCUAAGUCCAAGCCUGCUCCUGCUCUGCUCUUUUCAUUAAAGAACAUCAGUGACGAGAUGAGACUCAUAGCACGAAAUGCAGAUUUUCUCCCUGUAGGAGCUGAAUGGAAGGAGAAAGCAAUUGCUAGUGUCACUGAAAGACUACGUUAUUGCAGAUGGCAAGUGGAAACGUCUUGCCCACCACACUGGCAACCACAGGUUCUGUGGUCAGCAGAUCCUGGUCUCUCUGUCUGCCUGGGGGACUCCCUAGUUGUUCCCCACCUACUCGGAGAGUCAUUUUCUUCCAAUGUAAAGAGGAAUCUCUGUGUUAAUACUGUGUAUUGUUUGUACUCGCUACUCCCCCAACACAUCUCCACUGCCAGGCACCUAGCAGCAACUCAGUCAAUUCAGCAGAUACUUGCUGAAUACACCUAUUAUGUGCUAAAUACUGUUCUUGGCAUAGGAUAUACAGUGGUGAAAAAAACAGACCAGCUAAUUUCCAAUACUGUCUUCUGAUACAAGCAAAAUACGUUGUGGAGUGUUGAGGGGCAGGGCUGGGAAACAAUAACUGGGUGACCCAGGAAAGCCCCUUGGAGGAGGCGGCAUUUGAGUAGGGCUGUUGGAUGCUCCAAUUGUACAUGGUGCUGGGUGUUGGGCUCAGUCUUUGCCCCUGAUGAAUUCUUCCCCACUCCAAGCCUGUGUGUGUUCAUCCUCUUCCCCCCUAAAUAAAGCUGGGACUUGCCAUCCCAGAGGUGAGCAUGCCUGGGGAAAGGUGGAGACUCAGAAUGAUUUCAGUAAGUGUGUCUCUGAAGCACAGUUUUAGAGGCAAGACUUGAAUUCAGAUCCUCCACGUUCUCAUUCUGACCUUGGGCAACUGAACUCCAAGCUCAGAGUGGGCCCCGCAACGAAAUCUAUCCCCUCCACUUCCGGGCUCUGUAACCUUAGACGAGUUCCUUAAGGCUCUGUGCUUUCCAUUUCUAUGUAACAUGGGGUUAUGAUAGCCCCUCUUGAGGUGAUGCAGAGUAUCCAUUUGAGUAAUAAGAAUACAUAAAUGAUAAAAAUGAUUAAUGCUCUAUAAAUGAUAGCUUUUAUUAUCCCUAUUUUACAGAUUAGGAAGGUGAGGCACAAAGAGGAGAAAUAGCUUAGCCCAAGUCACUCAAAAAGUGACUGGUAAGGAUAGUCGUGACGGCGUUGCCUAGCUUAAGGCCCCAUGUAAUACUUAGUACUUGAGAGCUGGGGCUAUUCCUGGCAAUCAAAGGGCUGUCUGUUCUGCCCCUCAGCACAGGAAAUUCCAAGGUGGGUUUACUUGCUGGCUCCUCUGGUUCUGUCCCUGGAGGGGUAGCGGAGGGGCCCAGGUACCCAAGCAGACUCAAGAGAAGAUGGAAUUGAAUUUCUCAACCUGCCUGUCUGGGCCUCUGUUGAGGGGGUAGCUGUCACUUGAAGUGGCCUGGGCUGCUUUGGGUCUAGCUGGGCAUUUCCUGGGGCGGGCAGCCCCUCACCCUAUUCUUGAAAUGGUUCUGGCUGGGUUGCAGCCUCUGGGUGGUGUGGAUGAAAUUUGGGACUGUUAGGGCGGGGACAAAACCGAGAACACAGGUUUCCUUGUACUGCUGGAGAGAGGGAGGGCAGAGGAAAUUGGAGAUCCCACUCCCCGCUUGGUCACUCUCCUCAUAGUCCAUAAUGGCUUGGUCCCGGGUGUUGCUUGGUGUCAUCAUCUUGCUGUCUACCUUCCCAGGACCUAGUGUCGGGGGCCGCCCCAUGCCCAAGCUGGCUGACCGGAAGCUGUGUGCUGAUGAGGAAUGCAGCCACCCCAUCUCCAUGGCUGUGGCCCUUCAGGACUACGUGGCCCCUGACUGCCGUUUCCUGACAAUACACAGGGGCCAAGUCGUGUAUGUCUUCUCCAAGCUGAAGGGCCGAGGGCGGCUCUUCUGGGGAGGCAGUGUUCAGGGAGAUUACUAUGGAGACCUGGCUGCUCGCCUGGGCUAUUUCCCGAGUAGCAUCGUGCGUGAGGACCAGACUCUGAAACCUGGCAAAAUUGAUGUGAAGACCGAUAAAUGGGAUUUCUACUGCCAGUGACCGCAGCCUACUGCUAUCCCUGCUGUUUUUUUUUCUCCCCGGCUUUACGCAAAUACAUCAGCCAAGUGCAAA